CGGAUCUUCACCCCGUCCGGAGAGAUCCCCCAAUUUCCGAUGAACUGUUCAUUCUCGCCCCCAGAUCGGGCUCUCACAAGCAGGGCGACUCCACCUUUUAUUCUCUCAUCAAGAAUUACGCCAACUCCGGGGACUUCAAGUCUCUGGAAGAGGUUUUCGAUAGGAUGAGGCGCGAGAAGAGAGUCUUCCUGGAGAAGAGUUUCAUCCUAGUGUUUAGGGCUUAUGGGAAAGCGCGCCUGCCCGAUAAAGCCAUUGAUCUUUAUGAAAGAAUGGUGGUUGAGUUUCAGUGUAGACCGACCGUUAGGUCAUUUAAUUCGGUUCUUAAUGUGAUUAUACAGUCAGGUGAAUUUAAUCUCGCGUUGCAGUUUUAUUCCGACAUUGUUGUAGAUAGGAGGGUUUCAGUGCCAAAUGUGUUGACAUUUAACUUGAUUGUUAAAGCAAUGUGUAAGCUGGGUAUGGUGGACAAAGCAGUGGAUGUGUUCAGGGAAAUGCCUGAGUGGGAAUGUAAUCCGGAUGUUUAUACGUAUUGCACUUUGAUGGACGGGUUAUGUAAGGCAGAUAGGAUUGAGGAAGCUGUUUCUCUGUUGGAUGAAAUGCAAACAGAGGGAUGUUUCCCCACUCCGCCGACUUUCAAUGUUUUGAUCAAUGGGCUCUGUAAGAAGGGUGAUUUAGUCCGAGCCGCGAAGCUUGUGGAUAAUAUGUUCCUCAAAGGGUGUGUUCCUAAUGAAGUGACGUACAACACGCUCAUACACGGGUUGUGUCUUAAAGGGAAGCUGGAGAAGGCGAUUAGCUUGUUGCAUAGGAUGGUUUCUAGCAAGCACGUCCCUAACGAUAUAACAUAUGGGACUAUCAUUGAUGGUCUUGUCAAGAAAGGAAGAGUCGCCGACGGUGCACAAAUCUUGAAAGCAGUGGAGGAAAGGGGAUAUGAAGCAAACGAAUAUGUUUACUCUUCGCUAAUCAGCGGGUUUUUCAAGGAGAGAAAUCCCGAAGAGGCAAUGAAAAUAUGGAAGGAAAUGGUUGAGAAGGGAAGAAGAAAACCUAACACAGUUGUUUAUUCUGCUCUUAUAGAUGGCUUGUGCGAGGAAGGUAGGCCCGAUGAGGCAAAGGAGAUACUGUUGCAUAUGAUCAAUGCGGAUUGCACUCCAAAUGCAUAUACAUAUAGUUCCCUGAUGAAGGGUUUUUUCAAAAUGAGUAAAAGCAAUGAGGCCUUGGAGUUGUGGAAAGAUAUGGCAGACCAAAAAGUUUUACCGAAUGAAGUUUGUUACAGUGUACUAAUCCACGGACUGUGUGAGGUUGGUAAAGUGAGAGAUGCUUUGAUGGUAUGGAAGCAAAUGAUGAGCACCGGGUGGAAACCUGAUGUCGUGUCAUACACUUCAAUGAUAUCUGGUCUCUGCAAUUCCGGGUCAGUCGAAGGAGGACUAAAACUUUUCCAUGAGAUGUCAUGCGGAGAAUCUGGAAGUCGACCUGAUGUGAUAACAUACAACAUACUUUUUAGGUGUGACCCUGAUUCAGUUACAUGUAACAUUUUCUUGAAAAGUUUGAACGGGAAGUUGAAUCCACUUGAGAGUGCGAGAGUUUUUUUGGACGAGCUAGUGGUGCGGUUACACAAGAGACAAAGAGUUGUUGGGGCAUCGAAUGUUAUAGAAGUUAUGCUUCAAAAGGCUUUGUACCCUAACCUGUCAACUUUGGAUAAAGUUGUUAGAGAACUAUUGAAACGAAAGAAGGUUCGAGUAGCCAUAGACAAGUGCUGGAAUGACCUCUUCCUUUGACUACUCUAUAGAUCUCUCUGUAAAAAGAUUGUCUGGGGACUUGAGCCGAUACUUUUCAUUGGAAAUGAAUAUUCAAAGUUUAAGGAAAUCUGAAAUGAUGGACCUCAUGGAGAUAAAUGGCUAGCGGUCUUGAUUUAUGAACUGGAGAUAUGAAAGGGUAAGAUGCAUCCAACGUCCACUCAUCUUCACAAAAAAACCACGUGCACUUAAAGGAUGAAUCUGCGAUAGGACAGAAAUUCUGUGUUACAGCACCGAAGAGAUGUUGAGUCAAGUUGGAGAUUGGGCAUGGCCAACAAAAACCCGAGGUGCUCAAAGCCGACCAAGACUGCGUCCCGGGCAGUAGUGGGCCAUGUAGAGGGCCAGAUUGGCUUGCUGUGAUUUGGGCUGGGCUCGUAAACCCAAAAGAUUUAUCCUAUGAAACAGAUAGAAAUAGAAAUGAGGAAAGGGGAUUCCCUUGUCCAAGAUUGAAGUCAAGAGCAAGUAUGCCAACUUCUGACUUGUCCAAGGUAGUACUUCUUAUCUUGUCCUAGCUCUUCUCAACCAUGUUUUUUUAACUAACACAAGAGGCUAAGAUGCAGGUU